AUUAAAAAAGUGAAGGGUGGAAUAUGGGUCAGCGUCAUCCAGUGUUCAACUUGUGUGCUUUAACUCUCCUUGGUUUAUUACUUAAUUGCUUCCGUCUAUGUGCAGAGCAGUAAAAAUGAAAAAUUGUAAACUUUACUGAGUGUUUGUCUGGGAGUUUUUUUCUGUUUGUAUUUCUGUCUGUUCUUAAGUUUCAGACUUUUGCAAUCAAAUUACCAUCAUAGAUUGAAACCAUUGUUUCUUGUUGUGUGGUAGAGCAAACUUUGUUUUAUAACAUGCACACAUUCAAGCUGCACGCUGGGUAGAGAUUUGACACUUUUUUUUUUCUCUAGAGAAGACUUGUUGUCCGCCCACAUGCGCCUCACACACCAAACCUCAGAGAGCACAGAUGGUAAUUAUGUGUCAUCAGUUGCAUUAGCAAAGGCUCCUGCGUCCUCUGAAGAGAGGCUAAAGUGGAAUGGGAGGGUUGUUACGAUCCCUGUUGGGUCAGUGGUUAUAUAUAGAUGGGGGAUUCUUUUUUUUCCCCACAAAUGAUUCAACACUAGUCUUUCAACAGGCCAGUUAUGAAAGUGCCAUGGAAACUGUAGGGAGUGUGAACAGGGGAAAUGUUCCUCUCCAGGUCAGUAUUAUGUUAUAUAGGGUGGUAGUGUGUGUUGGGCCAGGUUAUGAGAGAUGAGUGUGCUGCGCUAAUCAGAAAUAUUAUUACUAUUAUCAUGUCCAUGGACAUGGCGUGCGGUCAUUGUUGCAUUUGAUGAUUACAGUGGGCGAAGAUAUCAGGUCAAAAUAAUGGCUGUUAGCAAUUCAAACAGAUCUGUGGAAAAGUGGGUCACACUGACUCCUAUCACAGCUUGCCUCACAGAGCCAUUAAAGAAUAAAAAAAACAGGGCUGCUGAACUGGAAAGAGAUCAGUAGAAUAUUUUCUCGUAACUUGCUCCACCUUCUGUCUGUUAUUGAUGGCACAGGACCAGCCGUGUGCAUGGAAAGCAGGUUUUCAAAAUUCUAAAGAAAACAGAGGAGUCUGAUUACAAAAUGACGUCUCUCCUUUACAUAGUAAAAUAAAAAAACAGUGGCCUGAGUGGAAAUGAGGGCUGUGCAGUUUUAGCGAACAGGGUGCGCACAUGUCCUCACAGGCCUGUGUUAGCAUGGAUCUUGGUGUAAGAUAAGAGCUGGUUAAUGAUAUUGUCAAUGUGGCAGUCUCUUAACACCCCCCCUCAUCUCUCUUCCACUAAACAAAUUUGCGCCGUGAGGGCAGUUUCUCAAGGGUCAACAGAGGAGGAAAGCAGGACACAUCUGGAUUAAAUGUGCUUUGAGGAAAUGUGUGUGGGAGAGAGCACAUUUGCGUGUUUGUUUACUUAUGUGCUCCAGACAGAGUCUUUGGCCUCAAUAUCACACAUUUUUGUCUCCUUUGUUGCUCUUUUUCUUCUUCCCUGUUCUGUUCUAUCGCUCUUCCUUUUUCUCUGUACUCUUCUCUUGUGGGUUCUAUCCAUCACAUGUAAAUUCUGUGCUCUUAUACUCUCUUUAAUGUAUUCGUUAGUGUUAAUAUCAAUUAUGUGUGUAUAUGUGUGUUGGUGUGUCUGUGCGCAUUCAUAAGUGCCAGAGUCACUGCGAGGGUCCUUGUAUGCUGUACUGGUAGUGGCGAUCACCAUGGCAACCACGCUAGCGGCACAGUGUGAAGUAGAGAGACGGGCCGUUUCAGAAAGGAAAGGGGAACGAACUGGAGCAGCUCGGCUCAGUCGUGUAACCAAGAGAAUUCAGCUGCGGGACUACAGGACAUUAAGCUGAGAACAAGCCCUCUGAAAGGGUCGAGGAUGUUCUGAGCCACAGGACAUAUUUUCUAGCUUGUUUUCUUGAUUUAUCUUUUAAACUCCUACAGAAGGUGACAUUUACAGCUUCCUUUUUUUCUAAAAAGAAAUAAAUAAACUUCUGGUUUUCACUAACAGUGAGUACAUUUAAGAUCUUUAGUAUUGUGGAUAAAGCACAUGUUUACGUAAUUGUUUGCUAAUCGGCCUAUUUGACUGUUACGAGAACAAACUUGUAGGACAGCAAGGGGAUUUUUCAGUUUCUCUUUCCCUUCCGUCAGCCUUGUUCUGUGAAGGUUAUCUUUCCGUCAAUUGUUUUAUUGCUUGUUCCUGGUUAAGUGCAAAGGAAGGUAUGACUGUAUGACUGGAAUCUUUGACCAGUGUUAUUAACUGGAAUUUGUGUCAUUCGGGACAAAUUGUUUUGGGUUUUUUGUUUUUGCUGGAAUUUUUUUUCUAUCUGAAGUACGCAUGUGCUCUUGAGGAAGGGGGCUUUGUUGGAUUGACAAUUACAGGUCUAACACAACUUUGUGUAGGACAGAUCUGCCUCAGACUCUGUGAGCCUUACAAGGACACAAGGUAAAAGACUCUUAUCAGGUCAUCUCUGGGCAAUGGGAUCAGAAAAAGACUCUGAAUCACCCCAUUCUUCUGUCAAUGGCAUUCCCAAUCCCAAAUGUCGUGGACCGGGCAAGAAGCAGGGAAGGAUCUCUUUCUCCAGCCUCUUCCACAGUAAACGGGGUUCUAAGGGGAACAAAGCUAGCGCUGGUACUCCUUUAACCCAGCAGCUUCACCAACAGCAACAACUUCAGCAACAGCUGCUUCUUCAGCCACCCACGCCUACCGCUGCAUCCCCGGACCCCCCAGCCACCGGUGACUCAGCUGAGCCUUUGUCCUCCAGCCAGGCUUCACUGGGUGGACAGGAUCUUCUGGAGUGCCCGCUGUGCCUGGUGCGGCAGCCCCGAGAUCAGCUGGCUGAGCUGCAGGGCUGCAGUCACCGUUCCUGCCUCUGCUGCCUGCGCCAGUACUUGCGCAUCGAGAUCACAGAGAGCCGGGUGCAGCUCAGCUGCCCAGAGUGUGCCGAGAGACUGGCCCCCAGGCAGGUGGCCCUCAUCCUGGACGAUGCUGCACUGCUGGAGAAGUAUGAGGAGUUUCUGCUGAGGCGCUGCCUUGCCUCGGACCCAGACUGCCGCUGGUGCCCCGCCCCGGACUGCGGGUUUGCAGUCAUCGCCUCAGGUUGUGCCAGCUGUCCCAGACUGGUGUGCCGCAGGGAAGGGUGCGGCGCCGAGUUCUGCUAUCACUGCAAGCAGGCCUGGCACCCCAACCAGACAUGUGAUUCAGCCCGGCAGCAGAGGGCACUCUCCCUGAGAACACACAGCAACCACUCGCCCAGUUACACGGCCGAGCAGGGCCCAACUGAUGACAUCAAGCCCUGUCCCCGAUGUGGAGCCUACAUCAUCAAGAUGAACGAUGGCAGCUGUAAUCACAUGACCUGCGCUGUGUGUGGCUGCGAGUUCUGCUGGCUCUGUAUGAAGGAAAUCUCUGACCUGCACUACCUCAGUCCAUCAGGUUGUACCUUCUGGGGAAAAAAGCCAUGGAGUCGCAAGAAGAAGAUUCUGUGGCAGCUGGGAACUCUGAUUGGUGCCCCAGUGGGCAUCACUCUAAUCGCUGGCAUUGCAGUGCCUGCCAUGGUUAUUGGCAUCCCAGUUUACGUAGGACGCAAGAUAUACGCCCACUACGAAGGGAAGAAGACCUCUCAGCACAGGAGGAACCUGGCCAUCACAGGAGGCGUGGCCCUGUCUAUCAUCACAGCCCCGGUUAUUGCAGCCGUCAGUGUGGGUAUCGGUGUACCCAUCAUGCUGGCAUAUGUGUAUGGCGUGGUGCCAAUAUCCCUGUGCCGUGGCGGGGGCUGUGGGGUCAGCAGAGGAAAGGGACGAGGAGUCAGGAUUGACUUUGAUGAGGACGAUGGGCCUAUUACAGUUGCUGAUGCAUGGCGAGCACUGAAGUCCCCCAGCCUUGGUGAAAGCAGUCUGGAGGGAGCGGCCAGUGGCCUCAGCACCACCUCCCCAAGUGAAGGCCUCUCAGUGGCCCCUGGGGGCCUGGGGGACACACCUCAUUUCAACACACUAGCCGGAGGAGCUCUUGGAGCUAGGACGGGAAAAUACAGCAGGCUGGAGGUUCAAGGUGCUGAGUUAGGAAAAGAAGGUACUCGCAGAGAGACUGGGAGCUUGGGAGCAGCCAGUGACUGUGCAAGCACUCGAGGCAUGGCAGGUUCCAUUACCUCCUCCUACACCUUGCCUGACAGGGAAGGCACAAACCUUGAGAUUCAGGUGGACAUUGAAACCAAACCCAGCCAUCUGUGUCUAACCAGCGAAGAGGAUCUGGCUCCGCCCGCUGCCACCAUGGCACCCGGCUCAGGGGAGGAGCCUCAGGACUGCAGCUCGCGCAGAGGCGGGGUUUUAUCCAGCUCAUCUUUGGGGCUGUCACCCGGGGGGUCACUCAGGGAGGGGCUUCGCGAUGUCACGCUGGCUCAGCCAGAGAGCAUCCGCAGUGACCUGGAGAUGUCUGACACGCAGUCGGACGACAUCGCCGAGCUCACGUCAGACGACUGUGACUCCCCACAUCCCAAGAGCUCCCGUCCUCCUCCCCCACCCCAGCCCACCUGCCGAGCCUUGAACUCCACCGACGGCCUGCACUGUCCCGAUAACGUCAUCCUUUACGUGUGAGGGAUCUGAGAGCUCUCGCUAUUGCACAGAUCUAGCUGUUUCUAAGCGUUUCAUUUAUGACAGCUUUUCAUGUUAAUUUGCUGCUUUUUGUAACAAUUAAAACACCUUACAUUUCAGGCAGUUUGGUGGCAUGUGCCUACUGGACUGUCUGUUGAUCUGUGUUCCUGUCUGUUUUGCCUAAAGAACUGACAGGGCUCUACCUCUACAACUAUUCAUACUGUUAGUAAUUCAUAAAGUUGUUUGUUUACUUAUUGGUGCAAAAUUGCCUUGGCUAUUUAAGCAAAAAAAAGAAAAAAAAAGAAAAAAGAAAAGGUUAAAUCAUAGGUACUACCAUUGCCACAAGAAUCCUCGUGAGAGGGCAAAAGAAACUAAUGCUACAAAGUGAAAUCAUCUAGCACACAUAUACGGUAUGUGAGGAAGUGUGGGAUGGGUUUAGACGGACUACAAUGUUUUCUAUGUAUGUUGGAGUGUGUAUGUUUUCUUUCUGUUCAUUUUUUCUUUAUUUAUAACUAAACGACUCGGAAAUUGUAUGAUUUGCUGUAUGCAUGUGUAUGCAUGACCUGCGCUUGUAUAUGAGGAUACAAGCCUAGUAUGUAGUGGUUGCAUUGACCAAGUUUGCACAGUGAUAAGAUGUAAAUGGACCUGCACUUGAGUCUCACCUGCACAGAUGAUGGAGUUCAGUGAUGGAGGAGAGUCAUUGUUAAAGGAGAUUGAUCACUUUCACAAGCAGAUAGUUUCAUCCUAAUCACUGUCUGCCUGCCUUAGAGACAGCACUCAUACUCUCAGUCCCUUUUCCUCACUGACUGUCUGACUCACUGACAACACUGUCUGUGCCCACAUGUGUCUGCUGUGAGUGUAUAAGAGUGAAUGUGUCUUUUUAUUUGUUUGUAUUAAAUCAUAUAUAGCAUCAACAGAGGGGCAGACCAUGAGAUGCACUUUUUUCCCUUUUUUUGGAACAUAACCCUGUAUUAAAUUGGACUCACUGCAAUGUGUUUGGACUUAUGCAUUUCCGAGUAAUAAACUGAAUUAAAUGGAU